UUUACUCGGUUUGAGUGAUUUGAACAUUAAUAUUUAUUCUCUCUUUAGUUCGUUCAAGAUAUUAUUUAAUGUAACAAUAUGUUUUCCAUUACUUUGGUGAAUAUUGAUAGUUACCAGGCGUCUCCGAUACCCGAGUUCGACGUGACAUUCUCAGAAUUUCGUGGAUCGGAAAUAAACAAAGUACCGGUAAUCAGGAUAUUCGGAUCAACCGCUAUUGGUAAAAAGACAUGUUUACACGUGCAUGGUGUCUUUCCAUACAUAUAUGUACCAUGCACAGUUCAAGAGAAUAUGGAUAGUUUUGCUUAUCAGUUGGCCGCGUCUAUUGAUUCUGCUUUGAACACAUCUUUUGGUUCUACACUGUCUACCAACCAGCAUGUCUAUAAAAUUCAACGGGUAUCUGGAAUACCUUUCUAUGGCUAUCACGAGAAAAAACACUUAUUUUUUAAGAUAUAUUUUUAUAAUCCUGCUAUAAUUAAGAGAAUAACAGAUUUGCUACAGAAUGGAGUUGUCCUCAAUCAACAUUUCCAAUCAUAUGAGGCACAUAUUCCAUAUAUUCUACAGUUUAUGAUAGAUUAUAAUCUCUAUGGAAUGAAUGUAAUAAAUUUAAAUAAUAUAAAAUACAGACGUUCUUUACAAGGUACAACAGAAGAGAGUCAAAACAAAAGUUCAAUGGAUACAUUAGACUCACAAAUAUACUUGCCUGUUACUGUUGUGAGACAAAGUAUGUGUGAAUUAGAAGUAGAUACACAUGCUGCAGAUAUUUUGAAUAGGCGGAAUGUUACUGACAAGAUGUGUUUGAAUCCUGGUCUUGCUGCAAUUUGGGAAGAAGAGAAGGCAAGAAGAGCAGCAGUUGGUUUAGAAAAUGUAAAGUCACAAUUAUUAUAUCCUAAAACACCCAGUAAGAUUAUUCUUCCUCCAACCAACAAUGAUAUCUAUCAAGAGAAUCUAUUGUUAAAAAGAUUGAAUGCUAUAUCACAGAGCAAUGAAACAGUUAGCUUGAGUACGAAUGUGUCUUCAUAUCCUGUUGAAGCAGAAGAAGAUGAAUGUGUCUUAAAUGCUUCUCAUGCUCUAAGCCAUAGUAAAUCUCUGGUAUCUGAAGUGAAAGAGUUGAAUAUCAAGAGAAAGAUCUCUGAUAACAAUUUACCAUUGCAAUCAAGCUCACAUUUAGAAAUAAAUGAAAGUCAAAAUCCUAUAACAGAUAGUUUUUUGGAUGCGGAUGAUAUAAAAUUGGUGGAAAUGUUAGCUGAUUUAGCAGAGAAAAAUGAGACUGUAAACGACGUAGACAAUGAUAGUGUCCUCGGUUCUCAAUAUUCUAUGUUCAGCGAGCCAGAUAAAAUUAAUCCAGAUGAAGAACAAGAGGAAGAAGAGGUCGAAGAUUUAAAUAUUACGAGUUUAGACUUAGCCAGUGUAAGUUCUUGGGAAAUGACGCAUGAAAGAUCCAAUGAACAUGGCAAUAUAGUAGAAGCUGAUGAGAAUAAUCGCAUAUCUUUGAAUGAUGCAAAUGUCACUGAAGAAGAUUGCGAAAAUGUCACACUUAUUAAUCUUCCACAAUUGGAUGGAGUUGAUGAUGUGUGUAUAAAUGCGUCAGAUCGUGAAGAAAGAAUUAUAAAUCGUUCGACUAACAGCAACACAGCAUGCUGUGUUGCUGUUCUGAAUUUAUCCAAAGAUAUAAAGCAUCAUUCCCAUGAGAAAUUUACAAUACCAAGUGUUGAUGGAGCUACAGCAAGUGAUUCCAGUGAGUCCGAAUUCGAAGUUGAUGUUACUAUCGAUAGACAAGAGGAACGUAUAUGCGUAUAUAAGUCUGGUAAAAAGAAUAUUCUACGCGGCACGACUCAGGUUACGCCGAAAAAAAGAAGAUUCGAUGACGAGGACAAUAAUUGUGGGUCACCUGAUAAAUGGAGAAAUACGAGCGCGAGGACACCCAAAAGACAAUUCUACAAUUCUCCGAGCAAAACGUAUCGAAGUCCAUCGCAGAGUUACUCACCCCUCAACAUUACUAUUACGUCUCCGAAAACUACUAGAAGCUCCAUUGUACAUUGUGAAUCUCCGAGAAAGAAACAAUACAUGCCGAUAUCCGAUAUUCCUUCAACUUCUAUGACACCAAAGCGCAAAACACAGCUUCUAUGCAUGAACUUACUCCGUGAAAAACGCACAAGUCUCUUAAACUCGGAUUCAGGAAAUGUUAGCAGUGAUAAUGUUGAUAAGAAAUCAGUAAUUAAUCAAAUAGAUACUGUCCAAAUUACCAAUAAUGUAAAUAGUAUAAAAGCUAGCGGAACAACAACUCAAGAAUUAAAACAAGAUGGUGAACAGAGAACGGACAGCAGCGAUGAUUCAUUGAUCAAACGAAGCAUAGCGGUUCGUAAAAGAUUACAAUUCUCGAAUUUCGACAAAGUAGAGAAUACUCACGCGGAGUCGGAGCAACGUCAAUCUGAAAAUUCCAUCGCACAUGGGCAUUCGGUCGUCGAAGUACACGCAGAUGCAACUGCAUUUUCUUCCAGUAACGACGAAGAUACUGUUUUAAACAGUCAACAUACAGAAAUCAGUAACGACACAUCUCCCGAAAGAGAUUAUGCGUCAAGCGCGCGCGACGUGAGAAGCAGAUCCAGGAAACUUCACGAUGACAUCAUCCCCGAGACUGAUGUUGACGAGGACGAAGAGGAUGCGUGCAAUACGACCUUCACCCAACGUGUCAGUCAAAAAAUGGAAAGCGAUAGCCAAACCAUCUCAUCGCAAAGGAAUAUUAGAUCAUCGAGUAACGCAUUUAUCACGAUCACUACAAGGUAUAAGCCUCCUACUUCUGAAAGGAUCGCAGAAAGUUUGGCGCUGUACGGCAUUCCAGGAUGCAGAGCGGAAAAACCAUUCUUCAGCAAUAAGCUCGAUCUUGCGAAGUACAAGGAAUCUUCAAGCACAAGCGCUCUGUGCUUCGACGUGCCCGCGUUUAAAUCUAGCUUGGAAGACAUUACCAGUAUCAAGUUGUGGCGGAGAAUGAAGGUCAACGAAUUUUAUCCGUCUGGCUCAAACAUAAAGACCUGUCGAUUGAAACAAACCCUUGCGGGAUACAGUUUACUGACGAUAAAACCGCUCGCGUCACCGCCAUCUUUCAAAGAUGUCAGAAAUUGGAUAAGAGCUAAGGAGUACUUGUCGAAAAAAGAUCACGACGUCAAAUCAUGCAAACGGGCGAACGAAAAAGCCCCACCAGACGCACAGGACGUGCACGAGCCGCCGAUUAACAUCGUGAAUGCGAGCAACGAGUCUCGGCCAGGGACUCUUAAUCAGUCGUCGAGUAACACCUUGAUCAUGGAGAGAUCUGUUUCAUUGCUGAGUGGGACAUCCGAUGAUGACAGAAAGUUCGAAUAUACCCAAAAUUCUGACGGUUCCCAGGAUUCCGAAAAUAGUUUAAACCCUUCUUUAAAAAAAGUCUUGGAGAACCCAUUGUUGUACAAGCAUAACGAGACGGAACAACGUUUCUCAUACGGUCAAAUCGAAUACUCGUCCAAAGGAAGUCACGGCAAUGUUUCGAACGAGAAUCUCCAGAAUGUCAGAGCAGUGGCAGUGCAUCAGUACCUAACGUUGCUGUCUCUUGAAGUACAUGUAAUUACCCGGGAGGAUCUUCUUCCUGAUCCGCAAUACGACUCUAUCGUCGCGUUAUUUUAUGCAAUUCACAAUGACCCUCCGCCGGAUGUGAGUGAGCAGAUAGAACACGGCGCUAUAAUCGUGAAUCCCUGCCCCGUAAGCGCAAGACUCAACAAAAUCCACUCCGCCAGUGCGAUGUGCCUGAUAACAUAUGUUGCGACGGAGCAGGAUGUGUUCAACAACCUCGUGAAACUGAUCGAGCAGCAUAACCCGGAUGUUCUAAUUGGUUGGGAAGUGGAGUCGCUUUCGUGGGGCUAUGUUUUCCAAAGGGCAUCUCAUCUCGCCCUCAACGGCUUUCCAUUGAGAAUCUCAAAAGUGCCUUAUGUACAGAUACCCUCCAACAAGUUUGACGCUCGUAUGUUCGAGAAGGACGACAUGAGCGAGAUCAAAGUGCCCGGUCGCAACAUUCUUGAUGUUUGGAGAAUCAUGAGACACGAGGCGGCACUGCUGACGUAUACCUUUGAGAACGUCAUGCAUCACGUCUUACACGAGAGAAUUCCCUGUCCUUCCUUCAGGACGCUAUCCACCUGGUGGAAACACGAAAGCAUGACAAUGAAAUGCAGAGUUAUACAUCAUUACAUCAUCAGGGUCCGGGGUACUCUUAAGAUUCUGAGUCACUUGGAUGUCAUAGGUCGCACGUGCGAACACGCUCGGCUCUUCGGCAUACAAUUUUACGAGGUCUUCUCACGUGGUUCGCAAUUUCGCGUGGAAUCUAUGAUGCUCAGAUUAGCGAAGCCCAUGAACUACAUACCGAUCUCACCGUCCAUUCAUCAAAGAGCUAAGAUGCGAGCGCCGGAGUGUCUGCCAUUGAUCAUGGAGCCUGAGUCUAAAUUUUACGUUGACCCGUUGAUUGUGCUCGACUUUCAGAGCUUGUACCCGAGUAUGAUUAUCGCUUACAACUAUUGCUUCUCUACGUGUUUAGGCAGAAUCGAGCACAUAGGCCAAUAUGGACCGUUUGAUUUUGGUGCGGCGACUUUGAGGGUGACAAAGAGCAGGACCUUGAAGCUGCAGGACAAAAUGAAUUUCUCGCCCUGUGGCGUUGCCUUCGUGAAGAAAGAGGUGCGUCAGGGAAUAAUGCCGCGUAUGUUGAUGGAAAUCCUGAAUACACGCCUGAUGGUGAAGGAAUCUAUGAAGCUCCAUCCGGCGGAAAAUCGCACGUUGCAGCGCGUUCUGCAUUCGCAGCAACUUGGUCUCAAGCUAAUCGCGAACGUCACCUAUGGCUAUACGUCCGCCAACUUCAGCGGUAGGAUGCCUUGCAUCGAGAUAGGAGACAGCGUAGUCAGUAAAGGACGAGAGACAUUGGAACGCGCGAUUAAACUGGUGGAGUCUACUCCAAAAUGGGGCGCCCGGGUGGUUUACGGUGACACAGACUCGUUAUUCGUAUUAUUGACCGGCAAAUCUCGCGAGGAGGCCUUUGUUAUCGGUGAGGAAAUUGCUGAUGCCGUGACCGCGGCCAAUCCUCCGCCAGUUAAAUUGAAAUUCGAGAAAGUUCUGCAGCCGUCUAUCCUGCAGACGAAGAAACGAUACUGCGGAUACAUGUACGAGACGCGCGAGCAAGAGAAGCCUGAGUUCCUGGCAAAAGGGAUCGAAACGGUUCGCAGGGACGGGUGUCCUGCAGUCGCUAAAAUAUUGGAGAAGUCCCUGAAGAUCCUGUUCGACACGAAAGACAUCUCCCUGGUGAAAUCCCAUAUCACCAGGCAGUUCGACAAAAUUUUUCGUCGACGCGUGUCCAUACAGGAUUUGACAUUCGCCAAGGAAUUCCGCGGGAUGCGCGGCUAUAAAGCGAACGCCUGCGUGCCGGCAUUAGAGCUGACGCGCAGGUUAACCAGGAAAGACCCGCGCGCUAUACCGCGCACCAGCGAACGGGUGCGCUACGUCAUCGUCGCCGGAGCGCCGAGUCAAGCACUCAUUCACUGUGUACGCUCGCCGGCGGAAGUACUCGCCGAUCCGGCGCUGAUGCCCAACUCCGUCUACUACAUCACCAAGGUCAUCGUGCCGCCCCUCAAUCGUUGCUUCAACUUGUUCGGGGUCGACGUUAAUACGUGGUACAAAGAAAUGUCUCAUCGCCAAAGAUUCGAUAAUAUCGCGCAAUUAAUUGGGGACAAUCCGAGAUCUAUCAUUCGCCAGUUUUUCCAUUCCGUCGCGUGCGUUGCUUGCGGAGAGCAGACGAACAAAGAAGUGUGCGCGGAAUGCGUUUCGCAACCGAGCCGGACUAUACUUGUGCUUCUCGAGAAGAUUUGCCAAUUGGAAAGGACCCAUCAACAGAUCGCUAGUAUCUGCCACUCGUGUAUUGGACGAUCAGGUGACAUAGAAUGUGCUUCUCUGGACUGCCCAGUUCUGUAUCAAAUGGUCCAAGCUCGCAAGGAGCUCGCGCAAGUUCCAUAUCUGAAUAAUAUCAUCAGAGAAAUAAUUUAGAGGAAGAAUUAUACACGACCAUGUACUUUAUAUAUAUGCAAUUAAUAAUAA